AUGCCCGGCCCCGUGGGGGAGGACCCUCUUGAGGACUGUUACGACACGGAGCUCUUUGAUGCCUUGCUUGGGUCGGAAGAGGCCGGCUCUUCCGCAACUCAACACGAGGCAUCCUCGUCGGUUUUUUCAAAGUUGUUUAUGGUCGGUGGCUCGCUCUUUUCCCGUCGCCGUGCAGCCGCGAUGGCGCGCUCGCACCGCGCGCGCCUGCGGGGGACAUUUCUCUCGUGGCUCAAUUACGGCUCCAUCUACUGCCCCUUCACGAAGCAGUUUGUGUCGCUGCGUUCACCACACUGGUCACACCUCGUUGCGGCCGGGUUUGGGAUCGACACCAGGCUGCGGCACGGUCGCCGCGUCGUCUUGGUUUGCCCAGAGAAACUCGAGGGGUUGGCGUGCGAGGUGUGGCAGCUCCAGGCGCCGCCGCCUCACGGGAAGGGAGUCACGCCUGAACGCCCGCUGGCGUCGUGGAGUCCUUCGCUACAAGCGUCGCUGGGAACACUCUUCCAAACGCCACCGGUGGGGGACGGCAAGGCUCUGGUGCAGCGCGUGCGUGACUUUCUUCGUGAAGGUAACUGUGCUUGGAGGUGCCGGCAAAUUCCACUCUCUUUCUAUGAUCUUGAGGCGAAUAGGGGACGCACCUUUGCACACACCUCUGCGAACGAGAGGGGCUCAGCGUGUAGUGACCGUAGAGCCUAUACGGAGGACUUCAUGAAGUUCGGCGAGAGUUAUCUGCGUCAAUGCUUGCACUGGCGCCAUUCUGUGCUGCAGCAGCAAAAAAAAGUGACAGCCUCACAGAUGGAAAUCAUUGCCGGCGUGGAAUCAACCGCGGCGCCUGUUGCGGUUUCACCUCCAAAAGAAAAGGCCAGCGACCUCAUUGAUCGACAUUCCGCCGUAAAUGUGGCCUCAUUUUUGCUGCCAAACAGUCGGCUGGCAUAUCUUUCCGUCACGUACACUCCAAACACCUCGCUUCUUGAGACGGCUGUGCGCACAGUCCUAGAGGCUCGCUUGUUUGAUGAAACUUUCUAUUGCCCCCUAGAGCACUGCAUCGAUUACAACUCCCUCAUGGAUGUGGAAGCUUACCGGUUGCGCUGGGACUCGUUUGGAGUUGCUAAACUGGAGGAAGGUAUUCCUUUGCUUCACCUUGGAAUGCAUAUGAACCCAUCGAGGCAUGCUUUGCCCGCCAUACCUCUUGUUGUUAUUGGCAACGCCCAUCUUUUGUCAAAGCGGGCGAUUGCACGUCUCUUGGAGCAGUGGACGCGUAACGGUCUGGUGUGGAAUACGGAGCAGCACCGUUUGCGAGCGACUGGCCAAGGCAGGCGAGGGAUAUUGCUUCGCACCGGUGAUCCGAUGCGGACGAUCGACGCUGGCGCUCCUCUCUUUGGGAAUAUUCAUGCCUUGUUCCUUGGCUAUUCCUCGUCCUCUGAAGAGGCCCCUGCGGGUUGUAGCCAACACGUUGUGGCGGAAAUUCAGGGGAGGAGCGCUCGCGUGCGUGUCCUUGCCCCGGUCGCGGGCUCUAUGUUUUUUCUUGAGGAACCGCUUGUGGCGGCGUUACGGCGAGUGUCGCCUCGUUUUCAGGAGUCCAUGAAUGCCUCCGAGCGGACGCUUUUUAUCGAGGAGCUCUGCGAUGCGAUGGGUCGUGUGGCCGUCCCCUCUUUCGCGGGAGUGACUGGAAAUGGGGCGGCGAACCACACCAACGACAAAAACUGUACCGCCUGCAGUGACCUUCGUGCGCUGGAGGAGGAAAACACGCUAUUUCAACUACAAGAGGCAUGUGAGGCGUUUCUGCGUGCAUCUCUGGAGAGACGGGACCUUGGACUUCUGCCGUACGAGCAGCUGCUGCUUCGUUACCCCACCUUUGCAGCUAUGCGUGUGCGCCAUGAGCUUCUUCACGAGUAUCCGUUAAUUAUUGAGGCGAUGGAAACCCACAGCGAGCCCCCCCACACGAGGUCAAGCAGUUUCAUGAAAGACAGAUGUAAGAAGCACUUGUUCCCACUACGGCGGCAUAGUACGGUAGUGGAGAGCCGACGACUUGCUCUGGAGCUCGCGGGUGCGGAGCAUGAUGCGCUUAAGCGAGCGUGCGUCGUAGCUACGGCAGUGCAUCGCGUAUCACAGGCACUGACUACGAGGGGUUCGGUUUCUUCGUUAAUGUAUACUACUACUGCUCCUCCUCCUCCUUCUCAGGCGCACUCGUAUGAUAUGAAGCAUCAGCAGCAGCAGCAGUUGAUGAGGCUUGAGCAACGCUAUGACCCUUGCUUUGAGCCUCCUGUGCUGGUUGGUUUCUGGACGCGUACACUUCUCUUUUGUGCGCCCAUGGCCGCGGACCUGCUUCCCCUGCGUUGUCUAAUUUAUCGUGACCUGACUGCAGCUGCGGAGCGGCCCAAAGCGUUUGUGGUGGUGGAUGUGGAUGUGUUUCACGUCGAUUACGUUUCCUAUCCGUCUGACCGUCGCUGUCGCCUCUUUGGUAUUCGACUGCGGUACAGCCCAUGCGUCGGCGACGACGCUGGCUCCGACGCACGCGAAGCAGCGACAAGGGCGCUGCAGGAUGCCCUUGCAAAAAGCGCCGUAGAGGCGCGAUUAUUUCCCAUCUGGACACAUGAUGUUUCUUCAAAGAAGCGGCAGGACACGCGUGAAAUCGACCCCUCACCUGGAGCUGCGUCUGAAGCGGGGAGGGGGCAUAGCUUUGUGCCUCAUUUUCACUUUGAGGAACUCGAUGAAUGCGUGUCAGCUGCCACCCCCAACCUUCUUGAGCGACGCCUGUUUGCGUUGGCGAUGGCUCAGCGUGGUCCACUGGUGCUCACCAUAGGCACACAGGUUGUGGUGCUGCGGACGAUUUCGUCACAUGUAACGCGUGGAACUUGGUGUCGUGUCGUGCGAUUUGUGCCGCUCCAUGAGUUGCUGUUGCAUCGGUCCGCAAGUUUCCCAGCACAGUUUGGGGCAGCUUCCCAGGGUGCCGCGGAACUGUCGCUCGCGCGCCGUUACUUUGCUCAGCAACGAGGCAGCAACUCGGUGCCCGUGCUGCAGCCGCUAAUGGAGAAUGGAGCCAGUGUGACGGGGGCGAUGGAAGCGGUGGUGCUCCCCGCUGCCAUGCUGGUGGGCGGCUACCGCGCCCUUCACCACUACGCCCUGCCUGCGGCGCAGCUUCCACUGCUGGCACCGUGCCAGUACGCCGCGGCUUCGACGCUGUUUCACCCGCUCUUUGCCCAUGAAGACAGUUUGAUGGAGUUUGUUUCCACGGAGACUCGUGCGAAGGCUGCGGCGAUGAUGCUGUCCUGCCCAUCGUCGUCCUCGCCACGAGUCUCUGAGGGGUUUCUCUGCAGCAACUUUUUCGAGGACGUCGAGUCCUCAACGCAAACGACGGGGGAUGGGCCACGGCAGCACGAGACACAGCGCGGAGAUGUCCACGCAUCCUGCGCAAUGCACUCGGAUGUCGUUUCAGCGCUGUCGCUUUUCCCUCCAAGCUAA